AAAUCUUUUAAUUAUUUAUUUGUGGAAAGUAAAACAAAAAUAGUCAAAUAAAUAUAAUCCCCUAAAAAAUUUUAUAAUUCAAUCUUUGAAUCUCUCUCCUAUAUAGUGUUGGACAGAGACAAGAAAAAAAAAAAGACAAGGAAAUUAAAAAAAAAAAGAAACUUGGAAACCAGAGAGUCAUGGUUUCAACGAGACGAAGUGGAUCCCUCUCUGGUAGUAAAAGUAAGAGAUCUUCUUCUUCUGAGGAUAAGCCUCCGUCUCCAAAACGGCAAAAGGUCGAAAAUGCCGAGAACCCGAUGCCGGCGGCGGAGAGUUCCAAAGAAAUGUGCACGUCGCCCGCCGUGGAUCCUGGAGAUUGUGGGAACGGCGAUGCUCCGAUCGCCGGAGACGGCGUGAACCCCGGGAAGGGCGAGACGUCAUCGACCGUUGUCCCCGUUACAGCACCGAUCGCCGAUGGUUCUGCGCCGAUUGUUUUGGACAAGGGGAGGAGUUCAUUCUCUACAUGGAGUAUUUGCCAGAAACAGAAUCCAAAUUUUGAGACUUCUACACCUUGGUGCAGGCUUUUGUCGCAGUCUGCGCAGAAUCCUAAUGUUCCCAUUUGCACAUCAAAUUUCACAAUUGGCUCGAGUAAAAACUGCAAUUUCCAAUUGAAGGACCAGGCAAUUAGUGCAAUGCUUUGCAAGAUAAAACACACACAGCAAGAAGGCAGUGCAGUAGCCAUGUUAGAAAGCACUGGGAGCAAGGGGUCAGUGCAAGUUAAUGGGACAGUGGUGAAGAAGAAUACCAGUUGCCCACUUAACUCGGGUGAUGAGGUGGUCUUCAGUUUGAUGGGGAAUCAUGCUUAUAUAUUUCAGCAACUCAUGACUGAGGUUGCAGUUAAAGGUGCAGAGGUCCAGAAUACUGUAGGAAAGUUUCUGCAACUUGAGAGGAGGUCAGGGGAUACAUCAGCUGUUACUGGGGCUACCAUAUUGGCAUCACUUUCAAGUCUGAGGCCAGAUUUAUCCCGCUGGAAAUCUCCUUCUCAAGCCAGCAGCAAGAUCCACCAGGUGGCUGAGGUGCCUACUCAUUCUGUUGUUCAUGAUGCUACGGAUGUUGAUCUUGAUCGCUUGGAAGGAAAUUCAACGGCAAACAUAGGGAGUGAUAAAGCUGCAGAGGUUGGAGCACUUAACAAGAAUCUUCCUCUUGAUUGCAACCACGACUCCAGCAUAGAGGCAGGCAAUGUAUUGGACGAAAGAAACGAGUGGGCGAGGGAUUCACAGCCAGCAUCAACAUCGAGUAUGUCACUCCGCUGUGCAGUGUUCAAAGAGGACAUUCAUGCAGGAAUUCUUGAUGGCAGAACUUUAGAAGUGUCAUUUGAUAACUUUCCAUAUUAUUUAAGUGAAAAUACGAAAAAUGUGCUGAUAGCAGCUUCAUUUAUACACCUCAAGCACAAAGAGCAUGCAAAGUAUACUUCAGAGUUAACUACUGUGAAUCCACGGAUUUUACUUUCUGGUCCUGCAGGGUCUGAGAUAUAUCAGGAGAUGCUGACAAAGGCACUUGCUAAUUAUUUCGGGGCCAAAUUGCUCAUUUUUGAUAGCCAUUCUUUUGUGGGUGGUUUGUCUUCAAAGGAAGCUGAGCUGCUGAAGGAUGGAGUCAAUGCAGAAAAAUCCUGCACCUGCACCAAACAUUGUCCUGGACCUACUGAUUUGGCGAAGAGUUUGACUCCAACUGUUGAACCUGAAACAUCAAGCCCUGUCACUGCCCCUUCUUGUGGGCCUGAAUCUCAACCGAAGACAGAAGCUGAUACCAUGCCCUCCUCAUCUGGGUCAUCUAAGAAUCAAAUGUUUAAAAUCGGUGACAGAGUAAAAUUUAUGAAUUCAACUUCAGGUGGUCUAUAUUCCACAGCGUCUUCAUCUAGAGGCCCGCCUAAUGGGGUUCGUGGGAAGGUAGUCUUACUCUUUGAUGACAAUCCUUUCUCAAAAAUUGGUGUAAGGUUUGAUAAACCUGUGCCCGAUGGCGUUGACCUUGGAAAUAUUUGCGAGGGUGGCCAUGGAUUUUUCUGCAAUGUGUCUGAUCUUCGUUUGGAGAACUCAAGCACAGAGGAUUUAGAUAGAUUACUCAUUAACACAUUGUUUGAGGCUGUAUACAGUGAGAGCAGAACUUCUCCUUUUAUUUUGUUUAUGAAAGAUGCUGAGAAGUCUCUUGCAGGAAAUACAGACUCUUAUACUACAUUUAAAAGCAGACUUGAAAAGCUUCCUGAUAAUGUCAUUGUAAUUGGUUCACAUACUCAUACUGACAAUCGUAAGGAGAAGUCACAUCCUGGUGGUUUGCUUUUCACAAAAUUUGGUGGCAGUCAAACUGCUCUCCUUGACUUGGCAUUUCCGGAUAGUUUUGGAAGGUUGCAUGACAGGGGGAAGGAAGUUCCGAAGGCAACAAAACUUUUGACUAAGCUUUUUCCAAAUAAAGUGACCAUUCACAUGCCACAGGAUGAAGCCCUGCUUGCAUCUUGGAAGCAUCAAUUGGAUUGUGAUGCUGAAACUCUGAAAAUGAAGGGGAAUCUGAAUCUACUGCGAACUGUUUUAAGUCGGAGUGGGAUGGAAUGUGAAGGGCUUGAAACUUUGUGCAUCAAGGAUCAAAGCCUUACAAAUGAAAGUGCUGAGAAGGUAGUUGGAUGGGCUCUAAGUCAUCAUCUAAUGCAGAAUCCUGAAGCUGAUGCUGACUCAAGGCUUGUUUUGUCUUGUGAGAGCAUCCAGGAUGGCAUUGGAAUCUUACAGGCUAUCCAGAAUGAAUCUAAAAGCUUGAAGAAGUCACUUAAGGAUGUUGUAACAGAAAAUGAAUUUGAGAAAAGGCUUUUAGCUGAUGUCAUUCCACCCAGUGACAUUGGAGUUACAUUUGAUGACAUUGGGGCUCUUGAAAAUGUGAAGGAUACAUUAAAAGAGUUGGUUAUGCUUCCUUUACAGAGGCCUGAACUCUUUUGCAAGGGACAACUGACCAAGCCUUGCAAGGGCAUACUCUUAUUUGGACCUCCUGGAACUGGGAAGACUAUGCUGGCAAAGGCUGUGGCUACUGAAGCUGGUGCAAACUUCAUCAAUAUAUCCAUGUCAAGCAUCACAUCAAAGUGGUUUGGUGAGGGUGAGAAAUAUGUUAAAGCUGUUUUUUCCCUAGCCAGUAAAAUUGCUCCUAGUGUCGUAUUUGUUGAUGAGGUUGUAGCUAGAUGUUGGCGGAGAGAAAAUCCAGGGGAGCAUGAAGCCAUGCGUAAGAUGAAAAAUGAAUUUAUGGUGAACUGGGAUGGCCUACGCACAAAAGACACAGAACGGGUUCUUGUACUUGCAGCCACAAAUAGGCCUUUUGACCUUGAUGAGGCUGUCAUUAGAAGGCUGCCACGUAGAUUGAUGGUAAAUUUGCCAGAUGCUGCAAAUAGAGCGAAGAUACUAAAGGUUAUUCUUGCAAAAGAGGACUUGUCUCCUGAGGUUGAUUUUGAUGCUGUUGCGAGUAUGACAGAUGGAUAUUCUGGGAGCGACUUGAAGAAUCUAUGUGUGACUGCUGCACACCGUCCAAUUAAAGAGAUUCUGGAAAAGGAGAAAAAGGAACGAGCUGCUGCUCUAGCAGAGGGCAAACCUCCCCCGCCUUUGAGUGGGAGUGCUGAUAUACGUCCUCUAAACAUGGAGGACUUUAAAUAUGCUCAUGAGCGGGUAUGUGCCAGUGUAUCAUCUGAGUCUGUAAACAUGACUGAGCUGCUUCAAUGGAAUGAGCUCUAUGGUGAGGGUGGUUCAAGAAGAAAGAAGGCUCUCAGCUACUUCAUGUGAAGGCUUUUUGUACAAAUGGUUCUUUUCUUCCAAAAUUUUCUGCUCUUCUCCUAAAGCCUGUAUGCAAGUAAUUUGCUGUGCUGUGCUGUGGCCUGUGGGUGGGGGGGCUCAAUGGGGAGCUAUUUUGUCCGUAUAAUGGAAGUAUAGGUUUUAAGUUGUGUUUCUCAGGCCAGCUGGGGAAUGGUUGGUAUUAAGGGAGUGAAACCUACCAAACUUCUGGCAUGGUUGCACUGCUUUUGUGCUGUUCCCCAUCUCCUCGAUGCCAGCACGAAGAGCAUACUUUUUGUAUUUAAGUUAUUUAACAUCCCAUAAAAGAAAGAGAGGACGCUGUGAAUAUA